UAAGGGGGUCUUUCCCCCGCGAUACCCCCAAACUUCUGGAACUGGUUUUCCUCCCCGCCCCCCGUCGGACGAUGGCGGAGUCCUGGAGCAAGUCCUAAAAUGCCGGUGAUGAGGGGCCUCCUGGCUCCCCAAAACACCUUCCUGGAUACCAUAGCAACCCGCUUCGAUGGCACCCAUAGUAACUUUGUACUUGGGAAUGCCCAGGUCCGUGGUGCUUUCCCUGUGGUGUACUGUUCUGAUGGCUUCUGUGAGCUGACCGGCUUUUCCCGGGCUGAGGUCAUGCACUGCUGCCUGGGUAGCUCUCAUUGGCCUGGACACGAGCUAAUCCCGUCCACACUCCAGAUCCUAAGGCCCCUCGACGAGUGCAAGGAAUUCAAAGCUGAGCUCGUUCUCUAUAGGAAAAGCGGAGUCCCCUUCUGGUGUCUGCUGGAUGUGGUGCCUAUCAAGAAUGAAAAGGGGGAGGUAGCUCUCUUCCUGGUCUCCCACAAGGACAUCACAGAGACCAAGAGCAGAGCCACAGAAAGCUGGAAGGAAGGAGGAAAGAGAGGUGGACGCAGGCGAUACAGCCGACCUGGGGCAAAGGGGUUUAAUGCCAACCGUCGACGGAGCCGGGCUGUGCUCUACCACCUGUCUGGACAUCUCCAGAAACAAGGCAAAGGGAAGCGCCAAAUCCACAAGGGUGUCUUUGGGGAGAAGCCAGCCCUGCCUGAGUACAAGGUGGCUGCGGCGCGCAAAUCCCCUUUCAUCCUGUUGCAUUAUGGGACCUUCAAGGCUGGCUGGGAUGGACUGAUUCUUCUGGCUACGCUAUACGUGGCUGUGACUGUCCCCUACAGCGUCUGCUUCAGUGGCAACAAAGAUGAAGGGUUUUCGGAAGCUGCUCGUGCACCCCCCAGUGUUUGCGAUCUUUCCGUGGAGAUCCUCUUCAUCCUAGACAUUGUGCUGAAUUUCCGCACCACCUUUGUCAGCAAAUCAGGGCAGGUGGUGUUUGACCCUCGUUCCAUCUUUUUGCAUUAUCUGACCCGCUGGUUUGUCCUGGACCUCUUGGCUGCUCUGCCUUUUGACCUCCUGUAUGCCUUCAAGGUCAACGUGUACUUCGGGGCCCAUCUCCUGAAGACGGUGAGGCUCUUGAGGCUACUGCGGCUGCUGCCCAACCUGGACCGGUACUCCCAAUACAGUGCAGUGGUGCUCACCCUGCUCAUGACUGUCUUUGCUCUGCUGGCUCACUGGGUCGCCUGCAUCUGGUACUUCAUCGGACAGCGCGAGGUGGAGGGCACCCCGUUGCAGUUGCCGGGAAUAGGCUGGUUGCAGGAGCUGGUUUCGGGCGCUACUUUAGAGACUCCCUCUUACUAUCUAGUGCAGAGGAACAGCAGUAGCUUGGGCGAGAGGACUCCCAGAAACCGGACAGGCCCCCCCCCUUGGAAUGGCAGCAUGUGGGAGCUAGUGGGGGCCCCUCCGCUAAGAAGCCUAUAUCAAUCCUCACUCUACUUUGCUCUCAGCAGCCUGACCAGCGUGGGUUUUGGCAACGUGUCGGCAAACACCGACUCUGAGAAGAUUUUCUCCAUCUGCACCAUGCUGGUGGGGGCCUUGAUGCAUGCGGUCGUCUUUGGCAACGUGACUGCCAUCAUCCAACGCAUGUACGCCCGCCGCUUCCUCUACCAUAGCCGCACACGCGACCUGCGCGACUACAUCCGUAUUCACCGCAUUCCUCCGCCACUGAAACAGCGCAUGCUCGAAUAUUUCCAAGCCACCUGGAGUGCCAGUAAUGGCAUUGAUACCCAUGAGUUGCUGCAGAGCCUCCCAGAUGAACUGCGAGCUGAUAUAGCCCUCCACCUACAUAAAGAACUACUGCAGCUGCCUCUCUUUGAGGGGGCUAGCCGAGGCUGCCGGCGCUCGCUUUCGCUCAGCGUCCGAACCUCCUUCUGCACACCUGGGGAAUACCUGAUCCGGCAGGGCGACGCACUCCAGGCCCUCUAUCUGGUCUGCUCAGGUUCCAUGGAGGUGCUCAAAGACGGCACCGUGCUUGCCAUUUUAGGUAAGGGGGAUCUGAUUGGCUGUCACAUCUCAACCAAGGAGCAGGCAGUUCAAGCCAAUGCAGACGUACGGGGCCUCACCUACUGUGACCUGCAGUGCCUGGGCCUGGCUGGCCUCCUUGCUAGCUUGGAACUCUACCCAGAAUUUGCCAGCAAAUUCCACCACGAACUUCCCUUUGAGCUGAGCUACAAUCUGGGUGGGGCCAGCAUCUUUCAAGCUGAGCCGUCCUCACUGAGCAGUAGAGACCCCUCCACGAUGGAAGGGAAAGACCGACCGGCUGCAUUCCCUUCCCGACGCAGGACCGCUUGCCUCCCUGCAGAGGCUGUGGAAGAACCCUUCAGUUCUUUGCUCUCUUCUACUUCUGUCUGUCAAAGCCAUCUCCCUUCACGCACGGGCUUCCCACGGCACUCGCAGCCUGAAACCUCCUCACGUCCCACAAUGUUGCAGCUACACAGUGUCCCGUGCAGCGGCCCCCCAGACCUCAGCCCCAGGGUUGUGGAUGGUAUUGAAGAUGGGUCUGGUUCUGACAAACCGAUGUUUAGCUUUCGUGUUGGAACCUCAGGCCUGGACUAUAGCAGCCCUUCACCUGGCACAGACAGCGGUCUGCUCACCAUCCCCCCCGAGUUGUCAGGGGCUGACACAAUUGAGAAACUGCGGCAGGCGGUGGCAGAACUCUCUGGCCAGGUCCAGCAAAUGCGUGAAGGUCUCCACUCUCUGCGCCAGACCGUGCAGGUCUUCCUUCUCUCCCAGACACCAACCCACCCAUGUGAUGACACUUCAGCUUUUGGCUCCUUUCCCUCUGUGGACACUCCUGUGGCUCCUUUAUUGAGCCCACUCCGAGUAGAUACAGGACUCUCACCCACCUUCUGUCCUCAUAGUGCACCCUCAGCACCCUGUCCCAAUGGGACCUGUGGCAGGGUCCCAUGGGUGUGGGCCCAACCUGCUGGAGAGAGCUCUCCCUGGCCUGGAACGCUCUGGACCUGGGGGCCAACAAAGGACCCUCAGUGGGCCGAAACAGUAGCCGUGGACCAUCGGGACAAGGAGAACCACACACAGCUGCCAAACCCGAGCCAAAGAGAAAGUUCCUUUCCCCAGACUUCCUCCCCAGUGGAUCCAGCAUCCCAGAUAAACCUUGUCGAAACCAAACCAUCCGGAGCUCAAGCCUGUGAUUCCUCAAGCUUUGAGAUGGUGCUGAUUGAUGCAGAGGACGGACCAAUAAGCAGUACCCCCUGCUGGCCACGGGAGGAAGGGACAGGCGUAUGAGCCAAUACCAAUUGCCUGCUUCCGUACAGAUUAAGCACCGGGAUUCUUCAGCGGUCUGGGACCAUCAGGGAGUCCUUUACCUCGCAGCCCCAGAUAUGGCCUAGCAGACGAGGAGGCAAACUAAGAGGAAUUAGAGAGCCCCGAUGGAGCUGGAAAUGGCCUUCGCAGUCAGGAGAAAAGGAAAGUACAGGAAGUCGGGAAAAGAAGCCCUCUCCGCAACUUUGCCCUCUGCACAGAGACGGAUGAAAUACUUUCUCGGGGAAUACGCAGGCAUAUGGGGAGCACUCUAACAGUCCCUUCUGCCCAGAGAUGGGCCUGUUUUAUAUGGGUUGGUUGGGGUUUAAAACUGCAAACUCAUAUGCUUGAAAUAUGCAGUUAUAUUUAUAUAUAUAUAUAUAUCCACAUCAACUGUAACUUCCUUGGGGCAGCUUGGUUGCUAGGCACUGGACUGGUCGUUUCACUAUGCAUGUAAUUCUUCAGCUGGGAGACGGGGUGUAAAAAAGGCUUUUGCUGGUCCCCUGUGGCUACGGGGCAGGGCCAAGACUAGCACCCUUUUUUAUAACAUAAAAGGUACACUUUGGUCCUGGA